AUGGCGCGCGUCAUGGCGCUUGCCUCCAAGCCGAAGGCCCCGAAGCCUGCGACCACCAAGGGCACGGCGGAAGAUAGAUGCACCAACGAGGGGUGGGAGGAGGAGGAGAAGGAAGACGAGGAGGGAGGACGCCCGAUAGGAAGCCUGUGCCUGGCGGCCACCCACUCGUCACGCUGCAGGCAGCAGCAGCAGCACGCGGAGCUGCAGAGCCAACCCAGGACCACGCCCCCACAGCAGUAG